AUGGCCGAGUCCAAAAUUUCAGUAGCUCAGGACGAGUUCAGCUGUUCAGUCUGUCUGGAAACACUGAAGGAUCCAGUAACUACAUCAUGUGGACACAGUUUCUGUAUGGUGUGUAUUAAUAACUGUUGGGAUCAGGAGGAUGAUAAGGGAACAUACAGCUGUCCACAGUGUAGACAAACCUUCACUCCAAGACCUGCUGUGAGUAGAAACACAAUUCUGGCUGGAGUUGUGGAGAAACUGAAGAAAACAGAACUUCAAGCUUCAGAUCCUGGUCACUGUUCUGCUGGACCUCAGGAGGUGGAUUGUGAUAACUGCAGUGGAAAAAAAUACAAAGCAGUUAAAUCCUGUCUGGUGUGUUUGGCCUCUUUCUGUAAAACUCACCUCCAACCUCACUAUGAAUCUCCUGCUUUUAAGAAUCACAAGCUGGUUGAAGCCUCCAGACGACUCCAGGAUCAGAUCUGCUCUCAGCAUGAUAAACUGCUGGAGGUUUACUGUCGUACUGAUCAGCAGUAUAUCUGCAUGUUGUGUAUGCUAGACAAUCAUAAAGGACAUGAUACAAUAUCAGCUGCAGCAGAAAGAACUGAGAAACAGAAGCAACUGCUGGAGAUCCAGAGAAAAUUCCAGGAGAAAAUCCAGAACAGAGAGAAGGAACUUUGUGAGCUGAUAAACGCUGUGGAGUCUCACAAGUGUUCUGCACAGACAGCAGUGGAGAACAUUGAGAGGAUCUGUACUGAACUAAUCAACUCAAUUAACAAAAGAUGCUCUGAGCUAAAAGAUCUGAUCAGAGAUCGAGAGACAGCAGAAGUCAGUCAAGCUAAAAAACUCCUGAAGCAGGUGGAGCAGCAGAUUGUAGAGCUGAAGAGGAAAGAUGCUGAACUGGAACAGCUUUCACACACAGAGGAUCCCGUCCAUUUCCUCCAGAAUUUUCAGUCUCUCUCGGCUCCUGCUGGAUCUGCAGAAUCAGCCGCCAUCACAAUCAGUCCUUUCCUCUCAUUUGAUGAUGUUACAAAGUCUGUAUCUCAGCUGAGAGAGAAAGUAGAAGAAUUCUGGAAAGAGCAGUGUGAGAAGAUACCAAAUGAAGUAAAGAAAGUCCGGAUUACUUCACUUCCUGAACCUGAAAUCAGAGAAGAUUUUCUACAAUAUGUUUGUCGGUUCACACUGGAUCCAAACACAGUAAAUGAAAACCUCCGUCUGUCUGAGGAGAACAAAGUGGUGACCCGGAGUGGAACAGAACAGUCGUAUCCUGAUCAUCCAGAUAGAUUUGAUCGUUACUCUCAGGUUGUGUGUAGAGAGAGUGUGAGUGGACGCUGUUACUGGGAGGUUGAGUUGAGUGGGAAUAAGGGGGUUUUUAUAGCAGUGUCAUAUAAAAGCAUCAGCAGGAAGGGAGAUGGUGUUGAGUGUGUGUUUGGAUGUAAUGAUCAGUCCUGGAGUUUGUUCUGUUCUCCAUCCAGUUUUUCAUUCUGGCACAAUCAGAAAGAGACUAAAAUUCCCAUAAUGCCGAGUUCCUCUAGAAUAGGAGUGUAUGUGGAUUAUGAAGCAGGAACUCUGUCCUUCUACAGCGUCUCUGAUACAAUGAAGCUCCUCCAAAGAGUUCAGACCACGUUCACUCAGCUCCUCUACCCGGGGUUUGGUGUUGGUUUAGGAUCAGAAGUGAAACUGUCAGAUUGAACAAAUUAAAUGUAAAAUUUACAUGAAAGUGUAACAUUAAACUGUUGGAGUGAUUUUAGAAUCUGUGGGGCAGUGAUACAUUUAUGAAGAUUUUCUUUUAAUAAGGAAACAUUUCAAGUCAUUUAAAAAAUAUAUAAAACACAAUAAAUACAGAGUUGAGAAAAAGUAUUUACCCCCUUUCCUGAUUUCUUCUUUUCUUAAAUAUUUAUCAUCUAAAUGGAUUCAGAUAUUAAAACUAAAUUAAAUAAAAGACAAACUGAAUAUUUAAAAACAUAAAAGAGAAAAUUUGUGUACAUUACAAAAUGGUAAAUGUGAUCAUUUUCACCUUCAGAAAUCAGAAAAAGUUGGGACAGUAUGGAAAAUGCAAAUAAAAUAAUACAAAUACUGUUAAAACUAAUAAAAAAUAUUUAUUAAUAAUAAUAAAGUCACAAGUCUGUACCUAUGUAAGAUGUAAUGUAUCUCUAGCACCACUAGAUGGGGAUGAUGAAUUCCACAUGAUUAUAAACUCCACUUUAAAAGUCAGUUAAACGGUAAAAAUUUUAAUUUGGCUUUUUUCAGUUUAGCUAAUAAUAAAUGCAGUACAAGGAGAACUUUGAUUUACCUUUGAGUUAUUUGAUGAUUUUUGUUGAAAUAUUAUGUACUAUUUGUUUGCUCUUUCCUAUGUACCAAAAAAGUCGUCAUUGCAAAUCCAAAAUAAAUAAAUAAAUGCCUUAGAUGACAUAGACUGCUCCCCCUUUCCCAGCUCCUAACAACACAUUCCUGAUGGAUGUGUUAAUAUUGGACAGAACACAUGAUGGGUUAUUUUAACUUGUUGGGUUGUGCAGUGUAACCACUGUGCUGAGUUCUUUUUUACCAUGGGUCAACUACAGUAUGUAACUUUACUGCAGCUUGUAUUUAAAUGAAAGGUUUACAUUGCUGUCUUCAGGAUUUCCUCUAUAGUGAUAUUUAAUGUUAAUAGCUGUUCUGAUCUAAAAGAUGCUGCUGCCUUUGACCUUUAAAACUGAGAAGUGAUUUGUGAGAUAAUUAAAAUAAGUGAAAUGUUUAUUUUGUA